AGGUUAGGGAAAACAAACUUCCUUUUGAUAUCAAUGCAGGUACUUUCUUACACUUUUCUUAUUAAAUACAGUAGGUUGACGUAUGUGGUUCCUCAUACCUUAAAUGACAUCACCAGCUUUUAUUGUAUUACCUCCCUUGACUCAUGCCUCGAAGUUGGGCGUAGCUGAUGGAUUAUUCAUACAAGUGUAAAAUAUUUUGUGUAGUGAAGAUGUAACAGGUUGACAUAAUACGCGAUUGAUUUUUAACAGUUUGCAAUAAAGACACAGCAAGAUGGCCACCACUAACAUGACCUCAAUGAUGGUAAAUACUACUACUGUGGAUCCUUUUGAUAUUAGUGUAUACAAAUGUAGUCAUGUAGGACUUAUGCUUCCUGCAAUUUCAGAAUAUACAUGGUCAAAAUCAGCACGUAUAUUCUUGUAUUUAAUUGGAAUGUUGUGGUGUUUCCUAGGUGUUGCAAUACUUGCGGAUGUAUUCAUGUGCUCUAUUGAAAAGAUAACCAGCAAGACGGCGAAAGUAAGAAUUCCAGAUGCUAACGAGUCAAGCGGGUUCCGAAUCCUACGAGUGAAAGUAUGGAAUAAUACAGUGGCCAAUCUCAGUCUGCUAGCAUUGGGUACGAGUGCACCAGAAAUUUUGCUUUCGUGUAUUGAGAUUAUAUUUAACAAUUUUGAGGCGGGAGAACUCGGACCAAGUACUAUAGUAGGCUCAGCUGCUUUUAAUUUGCUAGUUAUCUCCGGAAUCUGCAUUAUGUGUAUUCCAGAUGGAGAGGUACGUCGUGUUCAGAGUAUGAAAGUCUUUGCUGUAACGUCUUUCUGUUGUAUUUGGGCCUAUGUUUGGUUAAUCAUAGUGUUGAUUGUAUGGACCCCUAAUAUUGUUACUAUUGAAGAGGCUGUCCUCACGUUGUUGAUGUUUCCUGCACUGAUCCUAGUAGCAUACUUAGCUGACAGAGGAUUUUGCCUGAAGAAAAAGGAACUUGAGCAACCUUCGAUGGUGGGAUUUAAAAUGCAUGCUGAAAAGGGUGAUGAGGAAAGUCAAGCUCUUGAUAAAGAUUCUGAUGAGGAGGACAAUGCUGAGAUAAUGCGUCUGUGCAAGGAACUUGGACAUGAUGUAAAAGAUGAAGGAUUACCACCAGAAGAAGCAGCACAAAUGGCUGCCAGAAAGAUGACCAUGGAGCAAAGUCAUAGUCGAUUAUGGUACAGAAUAAAUGCAACAAGGACAUUUGGUGGCAGAAAGAAGCUCAUACCUAGAGUACUCGGAACUUUCCAAGAGAUUUAUGACCACAUUCAAACUCCAGAAGAGGAGCGCGGAGAUUUGGCAGUAACAAAGAAGAAAGAUCAUUCUGAAGGUGGAACAAGGGCCGUAGUUGAGUUCACUGCUGCUGAGACAGCUGUAUUGGAGUCUGAAAAAAGGGUCAGAAUUGGUAUUCGUCGUCAUGGAAAAGUAGGGAUACCUUGUACUGUCAGGGUAGAAACAUUGAACGGUACUGCUGUCGCUCACGAAGAUUAUAUUCCAUUUGACCAAGAGGUGAAGUUUGCAGAAAACGAAGAACUACGACAGGUUUUUAUUGAAAUUGUUGAUGACAAUGAGUGGGAGCCAGAUGAAUUCUUUUUUGUCAAAUUACACGUGCCAAAGACAGAUACUGGUGAAGAACAACAUGUUAGUCUUGGAAAUAUGGCAAUUACACAAGUCAUUAUAAUCAAUGAUGAUGAACCUGGUAAACUGGAAUUUCAGAAGCCAAGUAUCAUUGCCCAAGAGAGUGGACGAAAAGUUCGAGUUCCAGUGCAAAGAACAGGCGGAGCAGAUGGUCAUGUGUCUGUUAAAUGGAGUACAAAAGACAUCACAGCUGUUACUGGUGCUGACUAUGAAGGUGGAGAUGGAGAACUGAAGUUUGAUCACGGAGAAACAACAAAAACAAUCGACAUUGUUAUCCAUGAUAGUAAGAAAAAAGAAAGAGAUGAAAGUUUCCAGAUUACUUUAGGAGAGUGUGAUGGUGGAGCUGUUUUGGGAAAAAUCACCAAGACAAUAGUCACUAUUGUAAUUGACGAAGAAUUCAACGGUCUUGUUAGCAGAAUCAUGAAUCUCACCAAAGCCAACAUGGAUGCCCUUCAAAUUGAAGAAUCAUCCUACCCUGCACAAUUUGUGGAAGCAUUAAAUGUUAAUGGUGGUGACUUGCAGGGAGCUACUGUUUUGGACUAUAUCAUGCAUUUUAUGACUUUUUUCUGGAAGGUAUUGUUUGCUUUUAUUCCACCAUGUAAAUACCUUGGAGGAUGGCCAACAUUUCUUAUCUCUCUGGCUGUGAUUGGUUUUAUGACAGCUAUCAUUGGUGACCUUGCUGGUAUUUUUGGAUGUUUAAUUAAUCUUCCUAAUCCUAUCACUGCCAUCACGUUUGUUGCCUUAGGAACCAGUAUGCCCGAUACCUUUGCCAGUAAGACAGCAGCCAUUAAUGAAAAAUCUGCUGAUAGUUCUGUUGGUAAUAUCAACGGAAGUAACUCUGUCAAUGUGUUCCUAGGUUUAGGCUUACCAUGGGUGUUUGCCUCAAUAUAUCAUGCUGUAAAGACUGGUGGCAAAUUUGCAGUUAACGCUGGUUCCUUAGGAUUUUCUGUUGUUAUCUAUACAGGCUGUGCAGUUGUAGCUAUUGGACUCUUACUGCUACGUAGAUUUACAGGUGUAUUUGGAAAUGCAGAACUUGGUGGACCAAAAAUCCCCAAAAUUAUCUGUGGAAUUAUUUUUAUAUGCCUUUGGGUUUUCUAUGUGGUUAUGUCAUCAAUGCAAACAAAAGGCUACAUUAAAGGAUUUUAAACUUUUAAAUACCUAGUACUAUACAUAGGGUAAUAUUUUCUUUUAGAACAUUAAUUUACAACUGGUGUUGAGAAGAGUACAAUUAUACAUGCUAUGUUGCUUUCCAUUGGGUGUUUUGGUUUCUGAAAACUUCUGGUUGUAUUAUAGGCAGUAUUGCCUUGUGGUAACACUAUUUUACAUUAGUUCUUUAACCUUCAUGAUGAAUGGAUGAGUCUUGCCCUGGAUGUGUAUUUUUGUAUAUUUGAAAUACGUCCUACCUCUAAGAUGUGUAUAUAUUUUUGUCUAUUUAUUUUGCCAUGAACAUGACAUUAAAAAAAUUUGUCUAGAACAUAAACAUGAUACCACUUUCCAGUUAUGGUCAAAUUUCAUUCCUCAUUUUAUUUCUUCACUUUUAUGUCUCAGAUUUAUAAGAAUAUCUCUUUCUUUCCUUCUCUUUUUUAUUUUGUAUUUUUUCUAUCAUUUUUAUCUUCAUAUAUUUUUGUCACUUAUUAUUUAAUAACUUUUUUUAAUUCUUUUUUCAAUCAUGACAUUAUGACAUUGUUCUUUUUAUUUUAUUAUAUGUUAGUUUUUCUUUUAAUACAUGCAUUUUAGCAGAUGAAAAAUACAUCUGUUUUGAUCUUACUGUCAUCUUUGUAUAAUAUUAGUUUUACACACUGUUAUUGUGACAUCAGGUAUUACCAAAUUUUGGGCACUGUUUUAGGAGCCUUUGGGCAAGACUAAUUCUUAGACUAUUAAACUAUAGAAAACCUUUGUGGUUUUUUUUGCUUGCCACUUUCAGAAGUUUGUCCCCCCCCCCCCCUCUUCCUUUUUAGUUCACUCCUUAGCUUCUAUUGGGUGUGUAAUUGCAUAAUAAUGAGUUACAGAAUUAGAUUUCAUUUCAAUAAGGUUGAACUAAUUUUAUUAUAUGGAUUUAAAAUUUUUAAAUGAAGAUUAUAGUUUUUUUUUUAUCUCUUGCCUUCACCAUUAGCUAGGUUAUGGUUACAUUAUAACAUUAUUGGUAAAGAUCAAAUGUAGUUUUUGUUUAAGUUAACUUACUUUUAACAGAAUUGUCAAUUUUUACCCUAUCUUUCUGUGGGUGGGAACAUAUUCAUGUUAUUCUAACAAAUUAUGAUUUCAGAUAUUUUUCUGUCAAAAAAGUUUUGAAUGCAUUGGAUAAUUCCCUUUUAAACCAAUUUGCAUCAACAUUUUCAUAUAAAUCUGGGAACCUGGGCAUUGACAUUAAAAAAUGAGGUGUAGAGACACUGUUUUAUGGUCCCAUAUAAUAUUAUAUUAAUUAUAUAUAUGGUUGUUAUGUGACCGGUGCAAGAGUGCUUAUAUUUACACAAUUUUUGUGUGUAUUUUAUGUAUAUAUGACAUGUAAUAUAUUAUGCUUUAUAUUUUUAUAUAUUCACCUUUGAUGUAAUUUAAUAAUAUAGAUAAAAGUAGAAAAUUAGUCAUGUGACGGUUUACCUUAGUAUAUAAAGAAAUAUAAUGUUUGACAUCAUGAACUCUUUUUUAGAUUUUUGUUUUUUAUUUUAUUUGAUCAAAAAUUCAAAGGAUGAAAUGUAUAAUUUUUACAUAAUUAUUAUGAAACAGACUGGCUUUGGCGUGUAAAAAUUUGUUCUUUCCACAGCCAUUUCCUUUUUCAGAUUACUUCUCCUUAGGGCCGUUGGAACUAUCGCUAUCAUUUGCCGUCCACUAACUCUUUACCCUGGUACAUUUUCAUGUUGUCCUCUGGAACAAACUGGGCAGAAAUGAUAAAUAGAAAGCCCCUUUGAAGAUAAAAUCCUCAUUACUAACUAUAUUUAGGAGAAAAACCUUUCAAGAAUGAAAAGAGUCUAUUUUUUUUUAUUUUGGCUGGUCAAUUACCAAAUUUUUUUUCUUCUGUAACUGCAAAGAUCAACAUUUUUUUUUUGGGAAAGUAAUAAGGAGACUAUAGAACCAUCCGUCAUCAAAUAUUAGACCACUAUGAAAAAUAUUUAAAAUUUGGAUUAUUUUAAAUAUCAAGUACUAGAAGUCUAAAUAAGAAUGGUGCAAGGCUCAUCAGACAAUUGCCAUAUUUAAAAUGACCGUAUUUGCUUUCUUCCCAACGAUUUAUCAAACUGGUUGGAUUUAAUAUUAUCCUUUUGCACAUGUUUGAUUUAACCACGGAUUUGUAUAGUAUCCUUGAUUUAACAGUGCCUGAUAUGUGUUUUUAUUAUAGAAAAAGAUAUGUUAUAAUUAUACAUCACCUAAGUCAGAGGUGAUCAAGUCUAUCAAAGGGCUUCUUAGUUUAUGCCUUACAUUUAUUUUUUACAAUUGCAGUUUUGUGAAUGAUACAUGGUAAAUUGUACAUGAAUUUAUAUGCAUUUAGUUUUUGCCUACAGUAAAAUAAAUAUAUAAAUAAAA